AUGGGAGGUCUGCCCAGCCGAAGAAAACACCUGUCCUGCCCCAGCUCCAGCGCCUCUGCUCCCGACCAGGGACCCGUGUCCACACAAGCAGAGAGGAACAAGGUCACGGCUGUGGCCCUGGGCAGUUUCCCAGCAGGUGAGCAGGCCAAGCUGUCUCUGAGACUGGGAGAGCCACUGACCAUCAUCUCUGAGGAUGGAGAUUGGUGGACAGUGAUGUCUGAAGUGUCCGGCAGAGAGUACCACAUCCCCAGCGUGCAUGUGGCCAAAGUCUCCCACGGGUGGCUGUAUGAGGGCCUGUGCCGGGAGAAGGCCGAGGAACUGCUGCUGCUGCCUGGGAACUCUGGAGGGUCCUUCCUCAUACGAAAAAGCCAGACCAGGAGAGGCUGUUAUUCCCUGUCCAUCCGACUCAGCCGUCCAGCGUCUUGGGACCGAAUCAGACACUAUAGGAUCCAAUACCUUGACAACGGCUGGCUGUACAUCUCACCUCGCCUCACCUUCCCCUCACUCCAAGCCCUGGUGGACCAUUACUCUGAGAUCUACCCCACUCCCUAA